AUGUAUUAAAGUGCAUCAAAAAGUGCCAAAAAAUAAAGUAACACUGUAGGAAAAGUAAUGAUAAUAUUAUAAACUUAUAGCCAAGUGAUUAAAAUAUAGCCAGAAGAGUUUAAACAGAGACAAUUGAUUAUACUGAAGUAGAACAAGAUAUUCAGACAUUUUAAGAUAUCUCUAAUUUAAAACUUCAAAAUAAACUUAUAUCUUUUAAGUAGCCUGCAAAGAAGCCUGUUGUUAAAGAUUUUAACAUUUAAUAUCAAUAAUGUUUAAAGAAUGAGAACUAAAUAAAGUCGAUAUCGGAAACUGUUAAGAAAUGUUAGAAACCUUAAGGAAUAGAUAUAAUCAAUACAAAAUCUUUAUUGAUUUCAAGUAAGCCAAUUAAACAAGAUUAUUCUACAUAUACUUAUUAAAAUCUUAAAGUAAUAGGAAGUGGUUCGUUUGGUACUGUCUCAAAAGUAAAUAUCUAAUAAAAAUUUUAAGUCUAAAGUAAAUGAAACAGGAGAAAUAGUGGCCAUUAAAAAGGUAUUACAGGAUAAAAGAUACAAAAAUAGGGAACUUUUAAUUCUUUAAGAGUUAAACCACCAAAAUGUAGUUAAAUUAAAGCAUGCUUUUUUCACACCUUCUGACAACAAAGAUGAAAUGUAUUUGAAUGUUGUAAUGGAUUAUUAUCCAGAAUCACUAUACACUUACAAUAAAUCUUUUAGAUAAGUAUAAGCAAAAAUGCCUGAAAUAUUGGUUAAAAUUUAUUCAUAUUAAUUACUAAGAUCAAUAUAGUAAGAGAUCAUAGAAUAAUUAGUUAUAUAUCAUUGUUAUCUAUAUGCCAUAGAGACAUAAAGCCACAUAAUAUUUUAGUUAAUCCUAAUCAACAUAAGCUCUAGCUUUGUGAUUUUGGGAGUGCAAAGAGAUUAGUAAAAACAGAAGCAAAUAUAUCUUACAUAUGUUCGAGAUGUUACAGGGCACCAGAAUUAAUAUUUGGAGCUGUCAAUUAUGAUACAUAGAUAGACGUUUGGUCAGUUGGAUGUGUAAUAGCUGAGUUAUUCAAUGGAGAACCUUUAUUUCUAGGAGAUAGUGCAGUUGAUUAAUUAAUUGAAAUCAUUAAAGUUCUUGGAACUCCAACCAAAGUUUAAGUUUUGAGUAUGAAUACAGAAUAUGAUAUGUAAUCAUAUAAAUUUCCAUUAAUUAAACCAAGAGAUUGGAAGAAGGUAUUAAUUUUAAUUUUUUUUAUUAGGUUAUUAAAACUAAUGAUUCAUUAGCUAUUGAAUUAAUUUCUAAAUUACUAGUAUAUUGUCCUAAAACUAGAUUUACUCCAAUUUAAGCAUUAUGUCAUCCUUAUUUUGAUUAAUUGAGAGAUCUUAAUUAAAUUAAAUAACUAAAAGAAAUUUAUAACUUUAAUCUUGAAGAAUUGUUUCAAUUUAGUAAUUGUAAAUUAUUUCUGAAUAUCUUAAUUAGUGGAAACUAAUAAAAUGACAAAUGAUGAAAUUAAAAAGUUAAUACCUAAUUGGAUAAGUUGUAGUUCUACUAAAAUUGUUAAGACCAUUGGAUGA